CCCGCCUUCUCCCUGGGCUUUGUGGAGGAGGAGCUGUAGUGUUGUCCACGCCGGGCCUAGCCGGCUCUGUCACCCUGAAGCCUGGGAGCGCCGGUGAAAUCAAAUGGCUUCGUAUUUUGAGGAGCACGACUGCGAGCCGACCAACGCCGAGGAGCAGUACCGACAGAACGCAUUGCUGGAGCUGGCCAGGUCUCUUUUGGCCGGGAUGGAUCUGGACCUUGGACAGGUAGAUUUUUCUGACUGGGAACACAGAUUGCCGCCUGCUGCUAAAAAGGAGAUUGUAAAAAAUCUCCCAACUCUUCCCGUGACACCAGCGCAGGCAGAUAGAGGCCUCAAGUGCCCAGUUUGCUUGUUAGAAUUUGAGGAAGAAGAGGCUGUGAAGAAAAUGCCAUGUGAACAUUUCUUCCAUUCUGGCUGUAUUGUGCCCUGGUUAGGAAAGACUAAUUCAUGUCCUCUAUGCCGACUCGAAUUGCCCACAGACAAUGAAGAGUAUGAAGAGUACAAGCAAGAAAAGGAGAGAAGAAAACAGAAGGAACAGCGCUUGGAACACUUGCACGAUGCGAUGUACACGUGACCACCAGCAUCUUUGUCUUCCACUCGAUGUGGAUGUUACAGUGACUAUCCCAACCAAAGAUCUCCGCUAUAAGAUCUUUGAUCCCAACUCCUACACCACAUACCAAUUGGCACUGCUCUAGUCUGACCCCUCUGUUAAACAAAUGUUGUACAAGAAUCAAGGAUAGCUCUAGAAAGUCAUAGAAUAGAAUAGAAAUUAGGUGCAGGAAUAGGCCAUUCGGCCCUUCGGCCCUUCGAGCCUGCACCGCCAUUCAAUAUGAUCAUGGCUGAUCAUCCAACUCAGUAUCCCGUACCUGCCUUCUCUCCAUACCCUCUGAUCCCCUUGGCCACAAGGGCCACAUCUAACUCCCUCUUAAAUAUAGCCAAUGAACUGGCCUCAACUACCCUCUGUGGCAGAGAGUUCCAGAGAUUCACCACUCUCUGUGUGAAAAAAGUUUCUCAUCUCGGUUUUAAAGGAUUUCCCCCUUAUCCUUACGCUGUGACCCCUUGUCCUGGACUUCCCCAACAUAGGACCUCACUUUUACCCCCUUUUUGCUUGUGGAGGUGAACAACUGUUUAUUGUAGUUGUAAACUUAUUCCUUCUCAUUCCAAAUUAAUUUUUAAAAGGUUUUUUAAGAAGCAUCAUGCUAUGACAUUUCUCAUGAGAACAAAUGCAUACAUAU